AUGAAGUUCUUCUUCGCAGUCGUUCCCAGCCUGCUCGCUGUCUUCACCGCGCGCGUUGCAGCCGGAAACAUCUGCGGCAAUUGCGAGGUGGCCGGCCCAAAAGUCAUCGUCUUCAACUGCUGGUACCCCCCCGCUAUGAACUGCACUGCACAGUGCUCCCAGAAACAAGCAGACAAUAAAGACAUGGUGUGCUGCGACGCCCCGGAUUGUCCGCCCGUUUCGUGA